AUGAUGCGCGACGAAAAGCGAAGACGCACACGAGACGAAGAUUUUCCACCCUCCAAAAAGAAACGCGAUGAUUCUCCAAACGCUCAUUACUCGACUUCCUCCGGCACAUCUUCUACGAAAUCUCGCGGACACAUGCCUGUCUCCGAGCGUCAGCAGUUCGCUCUUUUGAAGUUGCUGGAAACAAAGAAUCCAUCUACAGAAAGAUCCUCCAAACAAGCCUGGGAUGGUCAAGAACAUGAAACUGGCGAACCACGCUCAAACAUUAUGUUAUCAUCUCUUCCAAAGCAGCAAUCGUCAGGCUUGAAUUCGUCUCUUCCUCCU